AUGUCGCUGUCGGCUCGAUGGAACAGGCUCAUAGAGAAGGUCCAAUUGACGGAGGAGCAGCGUCGCAUGUACGCUGCGGAGCGACUGGAUAACUUUCGUUGGAUUUCUAAAUUGUUGGCAGCACAUUCUCCACAGGUGCUCAACGAUACCCACCUAGUCCAGACUCAUAUAAAAGAAGAGAUAGAGGAGAUAGGUCAAUUCGCAGAGCUGAUCUAUUCUUCGAUUCCCAUCCAAGACCUUCUAGAGGAAAUAGAGACCCUGUCAAAAGAGGAUUUUCCUCUAGAAUACCACCAUGCUCUUCGCGAUGCGGCCUUAUUGGUCUCCUUCGAAGGCAGUGUCGCCAAACUCCCGGUGGGCAUCUUCCACCGGCCAACCCACAAGCAGCUCAUCGUGAGCAUCUGCGGCACAGCCCAAAUCCAGCACAUCGUCCAGGAUCUCCGCUUCCUCAAGGUCAAGCACCCCAUUAGUGGGAAUGCACACAGUGGCUUUUGGGCUCUGUACACUGGCAUCGCAGACAGGGUGAAAACCGAGUUGAAGGCGCUCAUAAACUUUCAUAGCCCUGACGAAAUCAUCAUCACGGGGCACAGUAUGGGAGGGGCUGUCGGCUACCUCCUCUUACUAGACAUCCUCUCUGACCAGGGUCUCCUCCCGCCUUCCCCGCCCGCCAUCAAGCUCGCAACAUUCGGAACUCCGCGAGUAGGCGACGCUGCUCUGGUCUCCCACUUCCACAAUACAGUCGCCGAGUACACCUCGAGACACGGCGACCAAUCCUUUAUUGAAUACUCUGUCCGCGGAUAUAACGACGGGGUCCCCACCCUCCCUCCUUUGAAACUCGGAUAUCGUCACUUUGCAAAGACGCCGAUAUACGCGACAGGUGACCAGCUUUAUUUCGUACCGGAGGCCGAGUGCGAAUACGCGUUAUUCCACGUUGAGUCCGGAAAUGAAAGGACCACUCCGACGCGCUUUCCUCGUGGCGGCCACAACUAUUACAACGGCCGAGAGUUGGAGAAAAUGUUGAGGCGCAUCAGUUGGUUAGAGAAAGCCAACUUCAGGGAGGAAGAUUGGGAGGAGAGAUAUCGAGCGAUCGUCCAGAAACACUCGUAG